AUGAAUGUGAAGCUCACCUCAAGUUUCUUCUUUGGAUUCAAUGAUCGUGCAGGUGUCAGCAAUAAGAUGUCACACACAGAUCACAUCUUGUACAGGUUACAGAUGUCUCAACCUCCUCUCGAUCUUGAUCGAACUCAACUUUCACUCAAAUCCACCACCUUCCCAAUCUUCCCCAUUCUUCACGUAUCAUCCAUGUCUCUACGCUACGAGCCGUACAAACGACCUGCCACCUGUGUGGCCACCACUUCAAGCCAAUCAAAACAAACUCCCAAACCGAAACCAAAACCGAAACCAAAAUCAAAACCAAACCCGAAACCGAUCCCAAGCACGAACCUAAAACCGAAACCUGUGAAGACUGUGAAGACUCCAAAACUCACGAACACUCCAAAACCUGCAAAUACUGCGUCCACAGAUCAAAUCAAGAAACCAUCCAAGGCUUCAAUUUCAACAGUUAGCCGUGGAUUGCGCAGCUCGACCGCUCGUGCCGAAUCCAAAGGUCCAACUCCGAGUUCCAAAACUUCAAUCAAAGGCAAGAAGAAAAAGUCCCUCAGUCCCAUCCUAGAGAACGAUCUGGAUCAAUUCAACCCACCAUCUGGUCAAGAUGUUGGUGAUGGAGUAGACAAUGAGAACGAUGACGGCUGUGCUUCCACUGGAAACCAGCAAGACGAUGGCGAUGGCGAUGGCGAUGGCGAUGACGAUGGCGAUGACGAUGACGAUGACGAUGGAUUAGGCGAUGGCACCGAGGAAGACGACGACAGCUUUGGCCUUCCGCCCCCUUUGAGUUUGAAGAAACACCAAUCGAAAUCAAAACACCGAUCGUCUGGUCAACAACCUCAAGAUGCCCAAGCAGAAACCAAGCCUUCAUUUCAUCUGUCUGGAAUACGGCUUCAGUGCUUCAAUCGUGUGGCAGCCCGUGCCGAACUAGAUGAUGAGAGUCAAGCGCUGGGACGGUUACUUUGUAAUGUCGACGGAACCGACAGUCAGUUCUUUACUUGCAUGGCGACAAUCCUUGCGACGCGUCAAGAAACCAGAUUAUUGCACGAUGAGAUGAACAGAAGGUUUGACAUGAUACGAACAACUACACAACAAACGUCAGCUUGGAAGGCGCCAUCUGAGCUGAGAGGAUGUAUUCGAUUAUUGGCAACUCAAGCCAUUUUGUGUGGUGAUAUACAAGCAUACACCACCAAAAAGGAUAGGCUUGGUAAUAAAGGCAACUUGCCUUUAUCCCUAUUCGCCAAAGUUUUAUGGAAGCGUCGUGUUUUGCCGCCCGGCUAUGGCAGUGAUCCGGACCCUACGGCUGCUUCUUCACUUCGCAAAGUGAUCAAUUCCGUACUCAAAGAUAUCAGGAAAGAAACUAACGACAUUAUUCUCACCAACAUCGAGAUACCAAACCAACAUAAUGCACUUGCUACCGAUGGUAAUGUCCCAAAAGUGAAAUCGAUGAUUGUCAAGCUUUAUGAAAAAGCCAAAAGCUCAGAUGCAGGGCCAGUAUGUGUACGCGAGGAGAUUCUUGCAGAAGUGAAUCAUUUGCAAGAAGCGCGGUUUGCCUGGCUGACAUCAGCAUUAAUGGUUGAAUUCUAUCAUCAACACAGAGGCUACAAGCGGUCCACUGGGGCUUAUACAGUGCGGAUUAUCCAAAGAAAACGUUCUGGAAUGUGGUUGACCAGAAGCUGGAACACUUACGCCGAAAACCUCUUCGAUACCGUUAUGCGUCUGUCCCACUAUUUCUCUCUGAGAGUGAGAUCAUACACUGAAAGGACCCAUUUUAUUUAUUUCAGUUUCUAUUUGUGCGUAUUGCAUGACGAUCACGAGUUUUUCAACGGGAAGCAAAAUUUCACACAAAUCAAAUCAAACAAAAUAAAAAAUAAAUUUAAUAUGCCCUCAGACAAACGCAUCCUCGCUCGUGUACAGAAUUUGACAGAGCUGUUUGCUCGUGUACAGAAUUUGACAGAGCUGUUUGGAGACGAUGUUGCUGAAAAUGAAGUUGAACACGAGUUGUUUGUACAGGAAGGCGGAGAAGAAGAAGAAGAAGAAGAAGAAGAAGAAGAAGAAGAAGAGGAGGAGGAAGAAGAGGAGGAAGAAGAGGAGGAAGAAGAGGAAUAA